GACUUGCUUCCUCUUGUCCUUUUGUUGUGCAGAACAAAGAGGUCGGAGCCUUGGGUGUUUAGGACUCUAAACAUACGUACAGUUGCAGACGCAUCGGCUCCCGGAAGCAAGCAAUGGAGGUAUAUGGCCAAUCCAUGGUUGCCGGCCCUACCAAUGUUAUUUUCCUGUCGAGUAUUCUCGGCCGUGAUGGGGCAAUCCCUUUUCAUAAAUGUGAUUGGAGAUGUGAAAAUGAGCAUGUUUGCGGAAACAUGUAUCGCUGCAAGUUAACCAGGGUCACGCACAUCUGUGACAAAAACUGUAACCAGAGAAUUUUGUACGAUAACCAUAGCUCCCUUUGCAGAGUGAGCGGCCACGUUUUCCCUCUCACUUCAACAGAGGAGCAGGCAGUGAGAGGAGCCCGGAGGAAGAUUGAAGUGGAGAACCCUUCCCUUGAUGGCUGUGCUUCUAAGCGCAGGCGUGAUGCUCAGCUUCAUCCUUCUCCUUUUGAGAGGUCUUUCUCAGCAAUUGCCCCAAUCUGCAGUCAAAUUGGAGACGGCAUGGAUAUGAGCUAAAUGGUUGAGGCAUUCCGGAGACCUUUUCUUCUCCCCCUUUUUAUUUUCUUCCCUUUUUUUUUUUUUUUUUUUCUUUUUUUAACCUUUCAAAUGUUCUCCAUGGACAGACAUAGAGAACAAGACUUGCUAUGGAGACUUCAAAUUGGGACCAAAGUGUUCCGCUGUCUGUGUAGGAACAGCUUAUAAUAUAAACUUUUAGCUCAUUUUAUAUGGAAUUUUAGUUCUACUGUAACUUGCGUAUUACUUG